GCUCAGCUCGGCUCACGAGACUCGGUUCGGCUCGGCGGGGCUCAGCUCUGCUCGGUUCGACUUGGUUCGGCUCGGCUUCGCUCGGUUGGGCUCGGUUCGGCUUGGCUCCACUCGGCUUGGUUCGGCUCGGCUCUGCUCGGGCACCCCUGAUAAGAAGGCUUCCCGAACACCAUGACCACACAGUACAGUAUUCUCUUCAAGCAAGAGCAAGCUCACGAUGAUGCCAUUUGGUCGGUUGCCUGGGGAAAAAAUAAAAAUGAUGGUUCUGAAACAGUGAUCUCAGGUUCUUUGGAUGAUCUGGUGAAGGUCUGGAAGUGGAAUGAUGAAAAAUUGGAUCUCCAGUGGACUUUGGAGGGUCACCAGCUGGGCGUGGUGUCUGUGGAUAUCAGCCACACGGGCUCCAUUGCGGCAUCCAGCUCCCUAGACGCCCACAUUCGCCUCUGGGAUUUAGAAACUGGCAAACAGAUCAAAUCAAUUGAUGCCGGUCCUGUUGACGCUUGGUCCCUGGCUUUUUCACCUGAUUCCCAAUACCUCGCAACAGGAAGUCAUGUGGGAAAAGUAAAUAUUUUUGGUGUUGAAACAGGAAAGAAAGAAUAUUCUCUGGACACCAGAGGAAAGUUCAUCCUGAGCAUUGCAUAUAGUCCAGAUGGAAAAUACUUAGCCAGUGGAGCAAUAGACGGCAUUAUCAAUAUUUUUGAUAUUGCAACUGGAAAACUUCUACAUACGCUAGAAGGUCACGCGAUGCCUAUUCGCUCCCUGACGUUUUCCCCAGACUCUCAAUUACUCGUAACUGCUUCAGAUGACGGCUAUAUCAAAAUUUAUGAUGUACAACAUGCAAACUUGGCUGGCACAUUAAGUGGUCACGGAUCCUGGGUGUUAAAUGUAGCAUUUUGUCCUGAUGAUACUCAUUUUGUUUCCAGUUCAUCUGACAAAAGCGUCAAAGUCUGGGAUGCUGGAACAAGAACCUGUGUUCACACUUUCUUUGACCACCAAGACCAGGUUUGGGGAGUGAAAUACAAUGGAAGCGGGUCCAAAAUUGUAUCUGUUGGAGAUGACCAAGAAAUUCAUAUUUAUGACUGUCCAGUUUAAAUGUUGCGUCUCAGACCCUCUCAUUAAUUCUUAUGGCAUUUUUUUAGGAAUACCGUCUUUCCAUGUAAUAUUUUUAAUAUGAUAAAAGCAUUUUCAUCCUGCUGACCUGCAAAAUCACUUCUGUUUGUAUUUGAUUUUUUUGCAUGAGAGCAAACUUUACUUUUUUAAAAAUAAAAGCUAUAGAUGCAAGUAACUUGGGUCUCAAUCUUGGGACCAAUGUGGUUGUGGAAAUAAGUAGUCAUAGCUGAAGUAACUGCUCAGUUAAUCUCCUCUGCCUUUGUACAGAAAUAGAAUGGAGUGGGGAAGCAUUGAUGGUGUCUAACUGCAGCUUAUUUUAGGAAAAGGGAAAGUGACUGAGGCUCUGCAGUCUAUGCAUGGGAAAUGAUAGCCUGCAACAGUGUCACUCAAGCCGAACACCUGUUCCAGCAACUGCAGAGGGAGAUGGAGUUUGCCCAGUUUAAUUUCACUAAAGGGGGCCAGUUGUUUCCAACCCUACAAUCACUACUGGGAAACAGAUUAAAGUGUUUUCCCUUUUAUGUGAUCAUUCUACUGGGGCAUCUUGUAACGAUAUGCACUGGCAGCUAUAUAUUCAACAGCUCUGUAUUCAUCUUCAUUAGGGCUCAAGUACACAACGCCUAGGAGGAA